AUGUAUGCGGAUGGCUCUAGCUUCUGUGACAUCGCCGUCAUCCAUGCAAAACACAAACAGCAGACAGAACAAGGGUUUUUCGUGAUCGCGAGACGCGAAGAAAAUGGAAGCAAGAAACUUGUGCAAUUAUGCAGGCGAUCGAGUUUCUCCUUGGCAUCAGAAUGCGAGAGUGUGGGUAGAUCCGGUACGACAUCGUCCGACGUUUGCUUGGUCUUCUUCACAGUUACAUUGGAGGAAGUGGACGAGGACUGA